AUGGCUGCAAUUGAAGCGAAGCCACGCGAAGGAAUUGAAAAUACGGAACCGGAAACGGAUACUCGUGAUAAGGAUGUCCCCAAGGCAAUAGCUAACACCGAAUAUCCACGGGGAUUCAAGUUUGUGGCUCUGGCAGGGGCGUCUAUUAUUGCAGUUUUCCUCAUUGCAUUAGAUCAGACUAUCGUUGGCACGGCUAUCCCUAAGAUAACAGACGAGUUCCAUGGCCUCAAUGACAUCUCCUGGUACGCAGCUGCCUACUUCAUGACUUUCGGUUCAGCUCAGACUUCUGCUGGCAAGAUCUACACGUACUUUAACCUCAAAUGGACCUUCUUGAUAUCCAUGUUUAUCUUCGAAUUGGGAAGUCUGCUAUGCGGAGUUGCACCAAACUCCAAGACGUUGAUCGUUGGUCGCGCCGUUGCUGGCUUAGGUGGCGCCGGCCUAUCUGUCGGUGGAACAAACAUCGUGACUCUUACCGUCGCACCUGCAAAGCGACCAAUGCUGAUGGGUAUUAUUGGUAUGACGUAUGCUGUUGCUGCAGUUCUAGGGCCGCUAAUUGGCGGAGCAUUUACGGAUCAUGUUACUUGGAGAUGGUGUUUCUAUAUCAACCUGCCGAUUGGUGGUGUUGCUGCUGUAUCUGUUUUCUUCUUCUUUUACCUUCCAGCUGCGGCCACACCACCUAAGGUCCCUUUUACGAGGAAGCUACUGCACAUAGAUCCAGUCGGGAUCACGCUGGCUAUGGGAGGCAUUACCUGCUGUAUCCUCGCUCUCCAGUAUGGAGGAAAUUCUCACCCAUGGAACAGCGGCGUUGUCAUUGGCCUUCUUGUUGGCUUUGUGCUGAUUGUCAUUGCCCUGAUCGGUUGGGAGAUUUGGCUCGGAGAGUAUGCCAUGAUGCUACCUAGACUAUGGAAGCACAGAUCAUUGUCAGCUACAGCGCCUUAUCAGUUCUUCUUUAUGGGUAGCUAUGUUGCUCUCUUGUAUUAUCUACCCAUAUACUUCCAGAGCAUUCUUGGGGCAAGUGCAAUCAGAUCCGGCGUCGACAAUCUCCCCCUGGUCCUUGCAGCAGCAGUGUUUGCCCUAGCCGGAGGAGCAGUUGUCAUGUCAACUGGUCGCCCUCAACAAGUCAUGUUUGUCGGCUCUAUGCUUUCCACAGUUGCAGUUGGCUUGAUAUACACGCUCGAUAUUGGUACUCCUACCUCCAAAUGGGUCGGAUAUCAGUUUUUUGUUGGAUGCUCCAUGGCCUCUGCCAUCAUGCACGGCUUGACUAUCGCUCAGGCUAACGUAGAUGCAAACGAUCUUUCAGCCGUCACUGCAAAUCUUCUCUUCUUCCAAACACUGGGAGGCGCAUUCAGCACUUCAGCAGCACAAUCCGCCUUCGUGAAUAGAUUACUCACAACUCUGCCGAAGACCGCUCCAAGUGUGAACCCCGGACAAGUGCUCAUUACAGGCGCCUCAGAUCUUCAAACUGUGUUCCCACCGGAUGUGCUUCCGGGAGUUCUGCAGGCAUAUAUGGCUGGGAUCAAAGCGGCCUUUAUAGUCGCUAUUGCUUUCUGUGGUACUGCAUGCCUGUGCACUCUGGCUGUUCCUGUGAAGAAACUUCCCACUCAUACCAAAGAUGAUGCGCCCACAAUGGGUUAA